AUGGUCCUUUUCGUCCUCAGCGACCCGCCCCGGCAACCGAGUGACGUGUCUUUACAUCGGUGCCGGUUCGAGCAUGCGGUCACAGGCCCGGUGCCCUCCCAGUUUGUGAUGGAUUGCACCUGGUGCCUGGUGCGCCUCUGCGAAGAGAGUGAAGGAGAAACGCGAAACUUUGCAGCCUUUUUGCCGCAGAUGCUCGCAGCACAGGCGCUCUUGGCUGCGGAAGAGGAGGCAUUGCCGACGGUGCUUUGCAAUGCGGCCACCGCCAUCGAGGCUAAGCGAAUCAUUCAGUUGCGGCUUGCUGUUAUCGCUGUCCUCAUGACCCAAGUGUGGCUAAGUGAAGCGGACCUUGGUUUGGUCAUGCGCUUCGUGAACCGGCCCGAGGUCUACGAGAUGCCACCCGGAUGGCCGUAUGCGCAUCAGGUGUUAAAGGAUGACCCGAAGAAGGCCUUGAAGCCGGCAGAGGUGGAACACGCCAAUGGCGCCAGCGACGAAGGAGGUGCGGCACUUGUGCCACAGUCCUUGAUUGGUGCCAGCCCGGGCGAGUAUGUCUUGUUUGACCUUAACCGGGACAACGUCGCCGACAUUCCAGAUGUCACGGUGGAGCUCUUGUCGCCGACGUCCGCCUUGGCUGCGCUGCAAGAGCGGCCGCCUCAGAGUGAGGCCAUCAUCGUCGCUGGCCGCAGGUAUGCAUCCUUCAUGACCCUGAAGAAUGCACUGGUGGAGAUCGUGCUGGAGCAGGAGCCCGGGAUGCAUCUUCGCUUCGAGGAUGAUGAGCACGCCAUCAAGACUCUGCUAAGCUACCAUCCAGAUGCAGACAGGCUGCUGGAAGAUCUGGUGGCAGUCAAGGUGGAUUGCUCCCCAGUGGAUGAUGAUACCAGGUGUCUUUGGGUGAUAAAAUUCGACGGGUACGAGGAGGAUGUCAGCCUCCGGGAGUGUCUCGAAGGCCUAGAGCGGGCCCUUAGCCUUGACGCCAAGGACGGAGGCUCCCCGAAGCGCUUCGUGCCACGUUUGGGCCCUGCCCGCCGGCAGGAAGAUUCCAGGUGCUCCCGGCUUCUAGAGGGACUGAAGUUUGCACUUUCUGCAGGGACAAUGAGUCUGAAUAGCGACCAAGGGAUCUUCGUCAUCUUCAUGAGUGAUACGCUGAGCUACCGUCACGUGCCGCUCAACGACUCGAGCCUCGCUCCUCUCGGCCGCCACAUACGUGAGCUGCCGCCUGGCUGGGAGGUCCGCGGUGGAACUCCGCCCCAAUUGGCACCCAAAGGCUACCGCCUUGGCAGAGCCUGCGCGACUCUCGAGGAUGCGUGGGCUGCGCACCUGGAGCAGCAGUUUCACAAAGCACAACAGGGCACGCGACCCAGCAGGCCGGAGGCUUCACCGACACAGCUCAAAGGCAGCCCUGCUUCCUCCCCACAGCCGGUGGCCAUCGCGAAGCCAGCGAGCAACGGCGUUUCCUUCCAGGUGCAGCCGGAGAUGACAGUUGACGUCACUUUGCUCGAUCGGGAGGCGCUGAUCGCCAGGCUGCUGGAGGCUGAAGCGCGCAAUGAGGAGUUGCAGCGUCACAUUUUUCAGCUUCGGGAGGAGCGAGACGAUCGGCAGCGGCGCCUCGACGAGGCCCUCUUCGAGAACGCCAGGCUGCACGGCCUGAAUCACCGAAGCGUGUCGCAGUCCUCGCUGCCGACCUCCCCGUCGCAGCGCAUGCUCGUGACCUCCCCCCAGCCGCUGCAGCCGAGCAAUAGCUCCGGCUUCAUCAAGAGCGAAGCAUCAGCAUUGCCGCCAGUGCCAAAUUCCUGGCAACCACCGACAUCUGCGCGGGAGACUCCUGGCAGGUCCACCCUCUCGCCCGUUUCCGCGGAUGGAGAUGGCGAAGAAGGAGACAUGUUUCCUGGUCCUGACUUCAGCUGUGCCUUGACUGAAGCUCCGGCUGGAGCAUGA